UUAUAGGUAUUAAUCAAAACGACUACUCUUUCUGAUGCAUAUUUCCUGAUUCAUCCAAAUUUUGCCGAAAUAAAAUGAUGCAAGGAUUGAAAAAUAUGUGAAAUUCAACUGGACGCCAUAUUUUCUUCCAUCUUCUGAAAGCUUCGACAAAAUUCAAUGCUUCAACAUCACAUGUCACUUAGGCAUCGUGCGGGAAACACUCCACGACCUAAGCGCUUAUCAUUUUCUUUUGAGCCUACCAUUAAGCUGGAACUUGAUAUCUGUGGUUGGAUAUUGAUAAUUGUGGCAUAUGUUGUUGUCUUUUUAACAUUACCCUUCUCAGCAUGUGCUUGUAUUAAGGUCGUACAGGAAUAUGAACGAGCAGUGAUAUUCCGAUUAGGAAGAUUAAUGACCGGUAGAGCUCGUGGACCUGGUUUGUUUUUUAUUUUGCCAUGCAUUGACUCCUACAGGAAGGUGGAUUUACGUGUUGUAUCAUUUGAUGUACCACCGCAAGAGAUUUUGUCACGUGAUUCGGUGACAGUAGCUGUAGACGCAGUCGUAUAUUUCCGUAUCUCAAAUGCUACUGUAUCCGUAACAAAUGUUGAGGAUGCUAGUCAUUCGACAAAAUUAUUAGCGCAAACAACGCUUAGGAACAUACUUGGUACAAAAACCUUAGCUGAAAUGCUCAGCGAUCGGGAAGCUAUCUCUAUGCAAAUGCAUAAUACUCUAGAUGAAGCAACCGGUCCAUGGGGCGUUCGAGUAGAACGAGUAGAAGUGAAAGAUGUUCGUCUACCUGUACAAUUACAGCGUGUCAUGGCUUCUGAAGCGGAAGCUGCACGAGAAGCUCGUGCUAAGGUAAUAGCAGCAGAGGGUGAGAAGAAAGCUUCGGAAUCUCUUAAUGAAGCUGCAAAUAUGAUUGCCGAAUCACCGUGCGCUAUUCAGUUGCGGUAUCUUCAAACUCUCAAUUCUAUCAGUGCCGAGAAGAAUUCAACAGUAAUAUUUCCAUUUCCAAUAGAACUUAUCCAACUGUUUAUCCCACACCAUUCAUGAGUAUACCAUUAUCCGAUCAUUAAUCAUUAACCUUUGUUCAGUUAAUUUCUCCUGCUGUUCAUUUCCAAAAAAAGAAAAAUAAACUUUAUGACUGAUUGAAUGAUUGGUAUAAUAAAUAUUUAUACAACAACAAAUCAUACAAUCUUGUUAAGGAUUAUUUUAGGCAGUAAAUAUUGUAUCCCUAUUUAUGCAUGCUCUA